CCAACACAAGUGGAAUCCUGAAAAAUCGCAGAAUUCUCGACUGUGAUUGGCUAACCUCCGUCACCCAGUGCAUUGUGGUCAGGUUUCCGGUCUGGGAAGUUUAAAUUGAAAAAAUACACCUACACCAAAAAAGCAACCAAAAACAUUUUUGUGAUAAUUACCCAACAUCAGAGAUCAUUACCAUUUGCGUUAACUGUUGUGUUGUAGAGCUUAACGAGUGUCCCUUAAUGAAUGGAUAUUAUUGAUGUUAUCCGAGUGGUGAUGGACCUACUCGGCCUAGACCUUUUCCAGCUGCCUGUCUGGGAUGACGAUGAGAACGAUAUCCGGCAUAGGAGUUUUGUUAGAAGGAUAAGUUCAAAACUUCCUUUAAGGCCAGCCAAACGGCUCAAAUUUCAGAAAGAUCUGCUGUCUUUAGCAGCAGCAGAAGAGACAGAAUCGGAACAAAAUCUGAUCCGUAAUUUAGAGUGUGCUAGUUUGGCGGAUGUUGGAUGGCUCAAUGAACAGUCAUUUUACAAUGGAAUUGAAUCAAGAUCUGAUGGAUUAAGGAGAAAGAGUGUGAUACCUAAAUUCUUUGUGGCGAAUUCAUUAGAGAGCAGUCUGUCAAUGUCAGAUAGCCAGCUUUCAUCCCCUAUGAAUAGUGUGUCACAGUCUGCAUGUAGUAUUGGGCCAAGUUUCUCAACACCGGAUCCUGUGGCGCUGCAAAAGAUCAGUGAUCUGGAGGAUGAGCUGGGCAAGUUACGCCAGCAGAUCGCAUCAAUUGUUCUGUCGCAAGAAAAUUCAAAUAAUUCCAAUGGUUCUAGUGGAGAGCCAGUGCCCCCACCUCCUGUGCCACCAUGUGGGAUUCCUGCUCCUCCCCCACCACCAUGUGGAGAGCCACCACCACCCCCACCACCACCCCCUCCAAUUCCAAUUACAACCCCAAAGAAAUCAUUAGCAGAGAUUAUCAAAGAGAAUAAACGUAAAUUAGGGAAAGAUGUGGAUGGAUGCAAUGCCACACCUAAAAUACCCUCCAAAAGAAUGGACAUGGCUGAAGUUCUUAAAGGAUUAAGUUCCGUUAAACUGAAGUCGGUUGAGAGGUCACCAGGGGGCACCCCAAUUAGGCGCCAACCCAAGGAAUCUGACCCCUCUGACGCUGCGUCACUUAUUGCCCAUGCUUUGAAGAAGAAGUUUGCCAGGACGAGACAGUUUUACAGUCCAAGUAAAGAGAACAUCAGCAAUCGAUCUUACGAGUCAUCUCCUGACAACAGCCCUGUUGUAUGCGCUCCAACACUGCUGAAGCCAAGUCAACUUCGCAGGAAAUCCGGCCUGCUUCAAAGUAAGCAACUGGUUGCAAGUCCCCUGGUGGAAAGUUGAGGGGUCAACAUGAUGAUUCUCUGAAACAAGAUGGUGCAAUGACCUCUUUGUGUAGAGUUCAUGUUUGAACAGCUCCACUCUACUUGUUGGUAAAGGAUGGGAAGGUUUGUGAGAGGUGAAUCCUUGUGGAUUGGAGCUGGGGAGAUCUCUCCUGUGUACAUAUGAAAGAAAAUAGGACAGCAUUCUUGUAUCAUGGAAACCAAAAGAACUCUGCACAUUUGUCUUCAAAUUCCUGACUGUUGAUGACUAAGAACAGUGCAUGCACACUUGUAUACUUGCACACAGAUUGUAUAUAUCACUUAUGUUAUGCAGUGAACCACAAAUUUUUAAAGGUUUUGCCAUCAAUGAUUGGAGUAUAGAAUGUGAUGGAUGGCCAAGUGUCAUAAGGCUAGGGAAGAUUCACCAUCUAUUCUAUAAACAUAUUUUUUGCCUUCUUGGCAGUAAAUAGCCUUCAGAUAUUCUAGUCCAAAGCAUGAAUUGGACUGCAAGUUCAAUAGAAUGUGAAUUCCAUAUCAUGAAGACUUGAAGACUUGACUUAAAACAAUGUGGUUGGCUGUUUAACCCUGUGUUAACUUGUUUGCAUGACAAAGUGUGUAAGUUGGCAGUAGUGGGACUGGAGUUUCACUCAACGUACUUGGUACUACUUUGCUCAUUGUGAUGAAGAGAUUUGUAGGCCAGAUUUGUUAUUGAAUCAAAUUAGUGUGUGAACUGUGAAAUUGAUUCUGUACAUACAUCUAUCUUGUUUUAUUACUAUAAAUAAAAAUAUGU